GUUCAUGGCAUCACUUGCACUCGAGGGGGGCGGCGACGAUCCGGACUGCUGGCCGAGCAUGCACCUGCCGUCCGAUUCUGACAUUGCGAUCAUUCGAGCACUGUUGAGGUGGGGGGAGUUCAAAUGCCAGCGGUCGCUCGAACAUAUUAAAAGUCUGGACUUGCCGCUGGUGAAUGGCAUGUUGUCUGCCACAGCCUCCAUGGCUGGUCGGAUAGGACUGCACAAUUGGGUCGACUCGAUCAUUCAAUACUGCGGUCCCUUGACGGCAUCGAUCGAUAAAUUUCUGGCACAUCAACUCUUGUCUACGUUGGCAUUUGCCUUGGACGAGCAGUCAAGGCACACUGAAAGCGGGCGUGUGCGGGGAAUGGAAGAGCGCAUCCAAGAACUGGAACACCACGUUGAAGAGCUGCACUCGAUGUUGCUGGACGAGGUGCGCAGCAAGAAUCAACUGAGCCAAGAACUCAACCAUGCGCAAAUGAUGACCAAUGAUGCUUCCUCGAUCGCCGGAAAGCUUGAAGAAGAACUCGAGCUGCUUCAGCGGACCUUACUUGAGAGACAAGAGGCCAUCACGAAGGGACUCAACAAUGAGAUUGCCGACCUCGAAGAGCAAUUGGAUGCAUCGAAUCGUCAGUGCGAGCGAUUGCACCGCGAAAACAUUGCGUUAGAGGCCAAGCUCAAGCAAACGGAACAGAAGCUCAUGUGGUCCAUGCUAUUCCUGACCGUGCGCACUCACCACGGCGUGAAAGCCAUUCGGUCAUACACAGCCAAGGCAUGAGUUAGCGCAUCCGUAAAUUAUGUACGCAUCAAGAACAUCCCGACCAUCGCCACAACGUCCGGCAUCCGUCUCAAACUUAAUACACCUCGGUGAGAGUACCCUUCGCCUCCGAUAGAGAAGAAUCUGGGAAGUGCCGCCAAGUCAAGCCAUUCCC